CACACGGUUUCCCAGCACAGCCCUCCGUCAGUCACAUGGUGCGCUGCUGGUUUCCAUCCAGCACUGACAACUAGAUCCGCUGAGCUGAGACGGAGGCUCAGCGUCCCGGGAAGAAAGGAAAGUUUGGAAUUUUAUCUUUAAAAAAAUCUUCGCCAUAUUCAGAUCACACCCGGAGCUCUGCCGGCACGGUGAAGUUGUAUCCGGGAGUAAUGACUCUGAGCCCCGUGGGGGCUUGCUGCCUCAGCCCGGAGGCCAAAGAGGCUCGCAGGAUCAACGACGAGAUUGAGAGGCAGCUCCGGAGGGACAAGAGGGAUUCCCGGCGGGAGUACAAGCUCCUUCUGCUCGGAACUGGUGAAAGCGGGAAGAGCACGUUCAUUAAACAGAUGAGGAUCAUUCACGGUCGAGGAUACUCUGAUGAAGAUAAAAGAAGCUUCACCAGACUUGUGUUCCAGAACAUCUUAACUGCCAUGCAGGCCAUGAUCCAGGCCAUGGACACACUGCAGAUCCCCUACAAGUAUGAGCACAACAAGGAAAAUGCCAGCAUGGUCAGCAGUGUGGAUGUGGAACGGGUAACCGCAUUAACAAACGCUUAUGCUGCUGCCUUGAAGAGCCUGUGGAGUGACCCGGGAAUUCAGGAAUGUCAUGCUCGGAAGAGGGAAUACCAGCUCUCUGACUCUGCUAAGUACUAUCUGAACGAUUUGGACCGCAUUACGGAUGCUGCUUAUCUUCCAAACCAGCAAGACAUCCUGAGGGUCAGAGUUCCCACCACCGGGAUCAUAGAGUACCCCUUUGACCUGAAGAGCGCGCUGUUCAGGAUGGUGGAUGUGGGUGGCCAGCGUUCAGAGAGGAGGAAAUGGAUCCACUGCUUCGAGAACGUGACCUCCAUCAUGUUCUUGGUGGCGCUCUCGGAGUACGAUCAGGUUCUCGCCGAGUCCUCCAGCGAGAAUCGAAUGGAGGAGAGCAUGGCUUUGUUCAAGACGAUCAUAAGCUACGAAUGGUUCAAAGACUCCUCGAUUAUCUUGUUCCUCAACAAGAUAGAUCUGCUGGAGGAAAAAAUCAUGCACUCACAUUUGGUCGACUACUUUCCUGAAUAUGAUGGCCCCCAGCGGGACGUGGAGGCAGGAAAAGAUUUCAUCUUGAGCAUGUUUGUCAACCUUAAUCCAGACCAGGAUAAACUCAUCUACUCCCACUUCACUUGUGCCACAGACACAGAUAACAUUCGCUUCGUCUUCUGCGCCGUGAAGCACCACAUCUUGCAGGGCAACCUGGAGGACCACAACUUGGUGUAAAAGAAACGCUGGGGAGUGAUUGAAUCGUUUCGGUCGGAGGGGAGUCUGCGACAGCUCCACUCUCUGCUUCUUAUGAUCCAAAGCGGGAAAUUAAGAAGCUCCCCAUCAAACGACUGCACCCUCUGAUGCAUUUCUUUGUUUUCUUGUUAGAACAUUAGAGAAAAAAAGUUGACCUACAAAUGCCAGCUCGCUGAGGAGUCAAACGAAUCAGCCGAGCGCUUUGUGGACAGAUCUGAGCAGAGAAAACGCACACAGGUGGAUGAAGAGGGAGGGAAGAGGUGGUGGCGGUAGUGGGAUAUUUUUUUUUUUGGCCUCAAACAGCUUUGAGGACUUCUGAUGCAGCAGAUCUUUCCUUCAGGGAGAUGGUGGAAGUGAACUGCACUGCAGCACCACAUCAACUCCGUCAGCCUUUCUGGAGCAGGUGGAGGCGCUUCGUUUGCAUGUCGAUCGACAGGAAAACAGUCAGGUUUAACAUGAAUCCGUCUUGUUGCAUUCGUUUUUUUUGCCUUCUGCUGUUUAAAACCCACAAGUGCAUCAAUAAUAUAUAUUUUCAUGAUUUUUCAGUUUUACAGUAGAACGGUAAAUCCUUUUUAUUAUUAGUUGUGUCUAGAAAUCAUUUUCUGUAAUACAGUUGUUUUAAAAUGUAAAUUUGUACAGUUUUUGUUUGCAUCAGAAAAAACUUUUAUAUCAUUCAAAGGGAUAAUUUGGCGCAUUUGGGUCACGAAAAGAUGCGGAUCAAAGGGAUUUUUGCACAGAACUAGAAAAAAAAAAUGGGCAAAGCCACCACUUUUUCUCAUGAUGACAUGAAUCACCUCUAAUUUGCACUGUUUAAUUUAUGAACACAGGUUAAGUCACUGCCAGGUUUGAUGCAUAAGUUUUAGGAUCUCACUGUUUACAAAUCAGCUGUAAUAAACUGACAGUUUUUCAA